GCGACAGACAUGGGUUCUGGUGAGAGACGCGGAGGGCAUGGAAGAAGAGCUGGAGGUGGCAUAGGACAUCACCGUCGGCAUCAUCAUCACCACAUUGGUCAUCACAGACCCCACGGUAUUCAUCAUCAUCACUUCCAUGGUCAUCAUCACCAUGGAUUUAUUUUCGGACGAAGGAGAAUGCUGUGGCGACGUUCAAGACGUCAUCACAACAGCGGCGGCGGUGGCUUGGCAGUCGCCAUAGGAACACCCACCGCCUACAACGUCCAUCCCGUUGCUCAAGUGUUACGUCUAGUUAUAGUGCUCGGAAUCGUCUUCGUCUUCAUGGGAAUCAUCAUGGCGAUGACAGGCUUGUUGAACGCUGUUAGCGCGACAAUGAUAGCUGGAUUUGUGUUGUUGGGUAUCGGUGUUUGUGCCCUAAUCAUUGGUCUAGUCAUCGCAUGCCGACCCAUUGAAGACCCGAAUGAAAACGUGACACUAGAGGAAGGUCAAGCACCGUCAGUACCUCAAGCAGACGUAAACAUUACAGGAGGACAACAGCAGAUGUCGUUUCCCAUGGCAAAUCCUGUACACCCACAACCACAAAUGUAUUUCCCGCCUGUAAACCCAACACACGCGAAUCCGGGUGAUCCGGGUGUCCCGUAUCCACAUUCCUCGUUUCCAGGCAUGCCGACUCCUCCGAGCACUGAUAAUACGGGCUACAACAACGCAGCAUCUUAUCUUCAAGUGAAACCAGUGGCACACCCUAGUGAUGACCAACCGCCGUCAUACGAAGAUGCGACAUCGUGACUUAUCAAAAUAAGCGGUCGUUGUCAUGCCAACCGUGUAACUAAUUUAGGUGUGGAUAAUGGUUCUAUGGACGUACGUGUGUGCAGUAGAACUAAGUAUGGUAAGUCACUGAUGUGUACUUAUGGUAUUACGUUUAAUGUUUUUAUUGUUCUAUAUUGAUAUGGUCACGUGAUUAUGUGGGUACUGUACUGCAGACUAAAUAACAUUUUGAAAUGAUGCUGCUGAAUUGAGAAUCUUGAUCAUGCAUUCCGUAUAAUGAUAUCUAGUGUACACACA